GUCGAUUCUGGGUAGCACUGAUUCUAUAAAUAAUUUUUCCACGAAAGGUUUAUUGAUGUCAGUUGAGUACAGUGACCCAGCCGCUCACCACACCUACCUGAUCCGACGUGAACAUGGGCAACACGGUUGAAUAUCAAAAGAAAUCGUCAGCGCAUGCUCCAACUGUUUUGCUUCAAGUGCAGGAAGUCAACAAGAGGACGCUGGGGAAGCUGAUCAUCAAGACUGUCGGCCACGAAGGUACAGAGACAGACGAGGAGGGGACGUAUCUACGGCGACAGAUCCAAGUCUGCAUCUCUUACCUGGAACAUUACAAGCCUACAGUGUGGCGGGAUGCUACAGUGACGUUCAUUGGCUUACGGGGUCAUGAAUAUGUGGUAUCCUCUGGCCGCGGACGCUACAGAUUCAUGGUCCACCUUGAUGCUCGAGACGAAAUAACCUUUUCAAAAAUGAAAUAAUAAAAUGCUAUAAUGAGACUACCACUAGAUCAUGACUGCACCGUGACAUGAGGCACAUGUGUAUGCCAGUCUCCUCUCUAAACGUGUGUGGCGGUCGGGUAGUCUAGUGGUUAAAGCGUUCGCUCGUCACGCCGAAGACCCGGUUCGAUUCCCGACAUGGGUACAAUGUGUGAAGCCAAAUUUUGGUGUUCCCCGCCGUGAUAUUGCUGGAAUAUUGCUGAAAGCGGCUCAAAACCAUACUCACUCACUCUAAACGUGCACGUAAUGCAAAUGCAAAGUUAAACAGUUAUUCUCCAAUCCACUUUUCCUUUAAUCCACUGCAUAACAACAGGAACAACACGACAGUAUGUGUUUAUCUCAGUAUUUUUACAGCACUCAUCUUCUAGGGCUUCUCUGUUUAAAUGCAUGUGCAUGAUAUACAAAUCUGCUUGUAUUUUGAUCUGUGUGUUGUGCUAAGAAAGGUCCUAAAUAUUGAUAAUAAUUUACAUUCUGCUGUACCUUUGAGAUAACUGUCAUAUAAUAAAGUACGUUUGAUCACUAGUA